UUGAAGAAACGAAGAUAUUUGACGGCAAUACAUAUUACCUAGGUUUGCAUUGAGCAGAACCUGAAGAUUUUGUUUUCUUCAAGAUAACGGUGGAAUACUUGACACACCAAACCAAGAUGGAUUCAAACUCGGUUUUACCUGAUAAAAAGGCUAAAAAGAAGAAAAUUGCUAUAAUGGAGCCUCAUGAACAAGUUGGAGGGAAUAAAACCAAAGUCUAUAUUUCGAUAUAUACAGCGUAAGUCAAUUUUCCCUGGUAUUCGACACAGCGUGGAUCUCGCGUUAAAUUCCCGUAGACAGUCUUCAACGGGUAACAUACUCAGCAGUAUAUUUAGCUUCCCAUCGAUGACUACUAGGCGGUGGACCAGUCGUCGUAGUACGAUGUACUCGAUUCCAAGAUUUCAAAACAACUAUAGGCUGGAUUCACGUUAUCCUUUCGAUCGCGAACGCGUUCAGCUAAUCGUCGACCGUUACCUCAAUGCUUCGUUGGAACAACUGAAGUACAAUCCGCGGCGUGCCAAACGGAUGGCGGAGAACCUAAGCGUCGACUUGCGAGAUUUGGUUAAAAAAUGCGGCUUCGAACGGUAUCGGGUGCUGGCGUCAGUGAUGAUUGGGGACAAAAACUCACAAGAUUUCAAAUCAGUCAUGCGUUUCGUUUGGGAUGCUGAAAAAGAUGGUUAUGUAAAUUUUGCGUACGAAGGUCCCUCAUAUUUUGUAGUGGCAACAGUUUUUGCAGUUUAUUAUGAAUAGGUUUUCAAGAAAUAAAAGAGUCAUAUUUUUACAUAAUGCAGGUCGAAUAAUGACUUGUCGAGUCACCAGAUUGAGGGCGUAUACAUUCAUUAUGAAACAAUGAACAAUGA